CUCCGCCAUUCUCAGAGGCGGGGCUGCUGAAAGCUUCUCCUCACCCAAGCCCGAGGCUUUAUCACACGGUCCUGUGUGUGUGAAGGUUCCUCCUCCUUCUACCUGUACUUUCCACGGACCUGUUGUUGUGUAAAUACACCAUGCUCCGCACCGUGCUGACCCGAGCUUUCCCGAACCUUCCUCGGCUCUUAGUCUGCCGUUAUUCAGCUGCAGCUGCAGCCAUUCCUGCACCGAACCCCAAGCCGGAGGUUCACUACACCAAGCUCUUUAUCAACAAUGAGUGGCAUGAUGCAGUGAGCAAGAAAACCUUUCCUACCAUCAACCCAGCCACUGGAGAAGUAAUCUGUGAGGUUGUAGAGGGAUCGAAGGAGGAUGUGGAUAAAGCAGUGAAAGCUGCCAAGGAGGCCUUCAGGCUAGGAUCUCCAUGGCGACGGAUGGAUGCAUCACAGCGCGGGCGGCUCCUGAACCUCCUGGCUGAUGCCAUUGAGAGAGAUGCCGCCUACCUGGCCGAGCUGGAAACUCUGGACAACGGAAAGCCAUAUUCAGUGUCCUACUGCAUCGAUGUACCCAUGGUGGUCAAGUGCCUGAGGUACUAUGCUGGCUGGGCGGACAAAUGGGAGGGAAAGACCAUUCCUGUCGAUGGCGACUACUUCUGCUAUACUCGACAUGAGCCCAUUGGAGUGUGUGGCCAGAUUAUUCCUUGGAACUUCCCUCUGCUGAUGCAAGCAUGGAAGCUUGCCCCUGCUCUGGCUACAGGCAACACCAUAGUUAUGAAAGUAGCUGAACAGACCCCUCUCACUGCACUCUAUGUGGCCAGUUUGAUCAAGGAGGUGGGCUUCCCUCCUGGUGUGGUGAACAUCAUCGCUGGAAUGGGCCCUACAGCUGGGGCAGCCAUUUCUUCUCACAUGGACAUUGACAAAAUUGCCUUCACUGGCUCCACUGAGGUAGGUCACCUAAUCCAGCAAGCCUCAGGCAGCAGCAACCUGAAGAAAGUAAGUCUGGAGCUGGGAGGGAAAAGCCCCAAUAUUAUUCUGUCUGAUGCCAACAUGGAAGAAGCUGUGGAGCAGGCACACAACGCCAUCUUCUUUAACCAGGGUCAGUGCUGCUGCGCUGGCUCCCGCACCUAUGUGCAGGAGAACAUCUAUAACGAGUUUGUGGAGCGCAGUGUGGAGAGAGCAAAGAAGAGAGUGGUGGGAGAUCCCUUCAACCUUAAAACUGACCACGGACCACAGGUUGAUGAUGAGCAGUUCCAGAAGAUUCUGGGUUACAUCAGCAGUGGGAAAAAGGAAGGCGCAAAGCUCAUGUGUGGAGGUGGUGUGGCAGCAGACCGUGGUUACUUCAUCCAACCUACUAUCUUUGGGGAAGUUCAGGAUGACAUGAAAAUUGCCCGUGAAGAGAUAUUUGGGCCAGUUAUGCAGAUUCUGAAGUUUAAGUCCAUAGAAGAGGUGAUUGAGAGAGCCAAUGACACCAAAUAUGGCCUGGCUGCAGCAGUCUUCACCACUGAUGUCAACAAGGCGCAUUAUGUCUCUAACAGUCUCCGUGCUGGAACUGUAUGGAUCAACUGCUACAAUGUGUUUGGAGUCCAGGCUCCCUUCGGUGGCUACAAGGCCUCAGGGGCUGGACGUGAAAUGGGAGAGUACGGCCUGGAACACUACACAGAAGUCAAAACUGUGACAGUUAAAAUCCCCCAGAAAAAUUCUUAAAUGGAGUGAUCAGCUCUUUGAUGAAACCAGAAACCAGUAAUUUGAUGUAAAAAGCAUGCAGUACUGGUGCAAAGCUUUUAGUUCCAUUCAUCUGUAUAGCACACAACUGAAUGGUGCUUUGUUUUUUGUUAGACAUGUUUAAGUGAUGUAUAAAGCUGUUCCUUACCUGAAGCUCUUAAAGAUACAUUAUAUAUUUUUAUAAUCUCCCAUUUGAAAGCACAUCAGUAAAAAAUGUGAAAGAUGAGAAAAAUUAAAAUCAUUAUUCUGAUGUUAAUUUUUUUGUUCCAUUUUGAUAGAGUAAAUCACAAACACUGGUGUUAAAAAGGUUCAUUGCUUUACUUAGCUUUUCUAUAAUAAAUACUUCAAAGCAU